AUGCCCAGAUUAAUUCGAACAGCUGGUCAAGCGUUUUGUCGCAGCCAGAUGAGGCUGUGUACAACGAAGCCAUUGGAACCGAAUGCUGAUAUGUUGCAGAAGGCCACUGUGCGGCCUACAGUCCUCAGGAACUACGUGGAUGAUUCCCUGAAGCAAAAAGAUUAUUUUGGUUUCAAGAAAAUGAUUACAGUCGAUGAUAUGUUUCACGCACGCGUACAUUAUGGCCACAAGUUCUUUGUCUCAUGUUUGUUUCUAUUGACAGCGGAGUCUAUAGCCGAGGAAGAUUUCAGAAGGGCUUUCGCAUGGUUCUCAGCUGAUUGGUCUCUUCAACUAAAUUACUUAGCAAAGCAGCGUGUCCCUGAUGUGUGUUGA